UGAAACAUCGAUUAUCAAACAUUAUCAUUCUAAAUAGAAGUAAUUUUGGGAGUGAUUUUAGAAGGAAAAGAAGUGGUUUUUGAAGCAUAAACUAAAGUUGUGUUGCUUCAUUCUUGAUUCUAUACUCUUACUCGAGUUCCUCUUACUUGAUUGGUGUCCUUCUGCUCUUAAUUCGUGUCUCCAAUGGCGAAAUUCUUCGCUGUAUCGGGUCCAGUGGGGCCUCGUGUAGAUGAUCAACCCAAAACAUGGGAACGGAUCUCGAAUAAUUGAAUUCUAGAGGCCCCAUCUGCGCAUUUCCCUUUAACUUGGCGUUUAUCUUCCGAAAUUGCUUUCCUUAUACCCUCAGUCCGACCUUCCUCUGAAUCAAUGGCGGCAUCGCAUCCCAAGCUCGAGCUCCGCAAGUUGGGAAACACCGGCCUCAAAAUCAGCAGUGUGGGCUUCGGUGCCUCGCCUCUUGGCAGCGUCUUCGGCCCCGUUUCUGAGGACGAUGCCGUCGCCUCCGUUCGCCAAGCCUUUCGCCUCGGCAUUAACUUCUUUGACACCUCCCCGUACUAUGGAGGGACGUUAUCAGAAAAGAUGCUUGGUAAGGGACUGAAGGCUCUAGGAGUUCCAAGGAGUGAGUAUGUAGUGUCAACCAAGUGUGGGAGAUAUGCUGAGGGUUUUGAUUUCAGUGCUGAGAGGGUGACUAGGAGCAUUGAUGAGAGUUUGGCAAGGCUACAACUCGAUUACGUCGAUAUACUGCAAUGCCAUGAUAUCGAAUUUGGAUCUCUCGAUCAGGUCGUGAAUGAGACGAUUCCUGCACUUCAAAUGCUGAAGGAAUCUGGGAAGAUCCAUUUCAUUGGUAUUACAGGGCUUCCAUUGGAAAUUUUUACGUAUGUGCUUGAUCGAGUACCUCCUGGCUCCGUUGAUGUGAUUCUUUCAUAUUGUCACUACAGCAUUAACGAUUCAACAUUGUUAGAUCUGGUACCUUACUUGAAGAGUAAGGGAAUUGGAGUAAUCACUGCUUCUCCUCUUGCAAUGGGACUUCUAACUGAUAGUGGUCCUCCAGAAUGGCACCCAGCUUCGCCAGAAUUGAAGUCUGCAUGUCAAGCUGCAGCUGCUCAUUGUAAAAAGAAAGGAAAAAAUAUUUCAAAGUUAGCCCUCCAAUACAGCUUGUCAAACAAAGAUAUUUCAACAGUGCUGGUUGGCAUGAACUCUGUCAGACAGGUGGAGCAAAAUGUUGCAGCUGCUGAAGAACUUGCAACAUUUGGGAGGGACGAGGAAACUCUAUCAGAGGUUGAAGCUAUCCUUGAACCUGUCAAGAACCAGACAUGGCCAAGUGGAAUCCAACAGAGCUGACAUUUUAGCUGCUGCUGGUAUGUGUAUCAUGUUCUUAUGGAUGUAGAUGUAGAUCAUCUGCUGUAUUUAACCUGAGUCAAACUAUUAUGUGGGAGCUCCAUUUCUGUAGACAUAUGGUAGAUAAGGCCGUGAUCGUUUCACGACUCGGAUGCGUAUCCGUUCUUCCUUUUGUCUGAUUUCUUUCCUCUUUGCAGCUCUGUUUUCUGUUUCAACUGAAUAAAUGAUUUUAUGAAGAUAAUCUCCUCACUGUCGAGCUUGCUUGAAUGGAAGUCUUCUGUCAUUAUUUGUGCUA